CUUCUUCUCCAGUUGACAAAGGGGUGUGUCUCAAAAAGCAGGGAACAGUGCGUGUAAAGUCCUCCUACCUUCACCGCACAAACCUGUGCACAAGUCAAGGGUCCAAAUUUUCAUUCUUUGCUUUUUAAAGGCAUUGCCAACAUGUCCAAACCUCUAACUGAUCAGGAAAAGCGCAAGCAGAUCAGUGUUCGCGGUAUAGCUGGACUGGGGGAUGUUGUCGAAAUCAAAAAGAGCUUCAACAGGCAUCUUCACUUCACUCUAGUGAAGGACCGCAAUGUGGCCACCCCACGGGAUUAUUACUUCGCCCUGGCCCACACGGUGCGGGAUCACCUGGUGGGCCGCUGGAUCCGCACUCAGCAGUAUUACUAUGAGAAAGACCCGAAGCGCAUCCACUAUCUGUCUCUGGAGUUCUACAUGGGCAGAACUCUACAGAACACCAUGAUAAAUCUUGGGCUGCAGAAUACCUGUGAUGAGGCCAUCUACCAGCUUGGACUGGAUUUGGAAGAAUUAGAGGAGAUUGAGGAGGAUGCAGGGCUGGGAAACGGUGGGCUCGGGCGUCUUGCAGCUUGUUUCCUGGACUCAAUGGCAUCUCUGGGUUUGGCGGCUUAUGGUUAUGGCAUUCGUUAUGAGUUUGGGAUCUUCAAUCAGAAGAUCACCAGUGGCUGGCAGGUUGAGGAAGCUGAUGAUUGGCUUCGUUAUGGUAAUCCUUGGGAGAAGGCCCGUCCCGAGUACAUGCUUCCUGUGCAUUUCUAUGGCCGAGUUGAGCAAACUCAUGAGGGACCAAAGUGGGUUGACACUCAGGUGGUGCUUGCAAUGCCUUAUGACACUCCUGUGCCUGGUUAUAAAAACAACACUGUGAAUACUAUGAGACUGUGGUCUGCCAAAGCGCCUAAUGAUUUCAACCUGCAAGAAUUCAAUGUGGGAGAUUACGUCCAGGCUGUAUUGGAUCGAAACCUGGCAGAGAACAUCUCCCGGGUGCUCUACCCCAAUGACAAUUUUUUCGAAGGGAAGGAGCUCCGUUUAAAGCAGGAGUACUUUGUGGUGGCUGCUACUCUGCAGGACAUCAUCAGACGCUUUAAAUCGUCAAAGUUUGGCUGCAGGGAUCCCGUGCGCACCUCUUUUGAGGCUUUCCCUGAAAAGGUGGCGAUUCAACUGAAUGAUACUCAUCCAGCUCUGGCGAUUCCUGAACUCAUGAGAAUCCUGGUGGAUAUAGAGCGGCUGGACUGGGAAAAGGCAUGGGAGAUUACGACAAAGACGUGUGCGUACACAAACCACACGGUGUUACCCGAGGCUCUGGAGCGCUGGCCUGUCUACAUGUUUGAGAAGCUUCUGCCACGACACCUGCAGAUCGUCUAUGAAAUCAACCGUCGCCAUCUGGAUAGAAUUGCUGUGCUGUAUCCAGGCGACCAUGAUCGCUUGCGCAGGAUGUCUCUGAUCGAGGAGGGCGAUCCAAAGAGGAUCAACAUGGCUCACCUUUGUGUGGUCGGGUCACACGCCGUCAACGGAGUUGCACGGAUUCACUCAGACAUUGUCAAAACCACUGUAUUUAAGGACUUUUUUGAUGUUGAGCCGGAGAAGUUUCAGAACAAGACAAACGGCAUCACACCUCGUCGCUGGCUGCUGCUCUGCAACCCUGGCCUGGCUGACAUCAUCGCUGAGAAAAUUGGUGAGGACUUCCUGACGGAUCUGUUCCAACUAAAAAAACUUUUGGAUUUCAUCAAUGAUGAAAUGUUCAUUCGGGAUGUGGCUAAAGUGAAGCAGGAGAAUAAGCAGAAGUUUGCAGCUUAUCUGGAGAAUGAGUACAAAGUAAAGAUAAACCCUGAGUCCAUCUUUGACAUCCAUGUCAAGAGAAUCCAUGAGUACAAGAGACAACUGCUCAACUGCCUUCAUGUCAUCACUUUAUACAACAGGAUCAAGAAAGAACCAAACAAGAAGUUUGUUCCCAGAACCGUAAUGAUUGGAGGAAAGGCGGCUCCAGGCUACCACAUGGCAAAGAUGAUCAUUAAACUGAUCACCUCAGUGGGGGAGGUGGUCAACAAUGAUCCUGUGGUGGGAGACAGACUGAAGGUCAUUUUCCUGGAGAACUAUAGAGUCUCAUUAGCUGAGAAGGUGAUCCCUGCUGCCGACCUAUCCGAGCAGAUCUCCACGGCAGGCACUGAAGCCUCCGGGACGGGAAACAUGAAGUUCAUGCUUAAUGGCGCUCUGACCAUCGGCACCAUGGACGGCGCCAACGUGGAGAUGGCAGAAGAAGCUGGAGAGGAAAACCUGUUCAUCUUUGGCAUGCGGGUUGAGGAUGUGGAGGCCAUGGACCAAAAGGGAUACAAUGCCAGGGAAUACUACGAGCGCCUGCCUGAACUUAAACAGGUGAUGGAUCAAAUCAGCACUGGAUUCUUUAGCCCCAAAGAGCCUGAACUCUUCAAAGACAUUGUCAACAUGCUCAUGAAUCAUGACAGGUUCAAGGUGUUUGCAGACUAUGAAUCAUAUAUCAGCUGUCAAGAAAAAGUUAAUGAACUCUACAGGAACCCAAAAGAAUGGACCAAAACAGUGAUCAGGAAUAUUGCUGCUUCUGGAAAGUUCUCCAGUGACCGCACCAUCACGGAGUACGCCCGUGAGAUCUGGGGAGUUGAGCCGUCGGACGUCAAGAUCCCGCCCCCUAAUGAGCCACGGGAAUGAGGAGUUGGGAACACUGGGUCUGCUUGCCUGUUCCUCAACCAUUCCCAGUGUGUUGGUGUGCCUUCAGGUUUCUCUCACUAUGCAUAACACCACAUGAAACCUCUUUGAACUUCACAACUGUAGUGUACCUUCAAUAUACACACAAACUAACUCCUUCAUGUGCACUUACACUGUAGUACAUUUUAAAUUACUGUCAACUUUCACUUGCCCAUACUCAAUUUUCAUGGAUUCUCUUAUGCCAAUUCAAUUUGUUGCAUAUCUGAGACUAAUUUAUUGAAGCUUCAUUUAGUUAAGCCUAGCCUAAGUUUACUGCUGUAUUAAUGCAUGUGUAAAUUCUCAAUUUUGGUGCAUUCCUUUUAUCAUUUUUAAGGGUGUCCAUUCUGACUGAUUAUAACAGAGAUGCCACUUAAGUUUCAAUAGCCAAGACAAUAGUUCUGUCCCUGUUUUAUGUAUUUUAGGAAUUGAAAUCAGAAACUGGAACACAGACAAGUAUCCUGGUUUCUUAGUAGCUUCGGGAAAUAUUUGAUCAUCAGCCACCUUUGGUUUGUUUAAAUCCAGUAGAAUUAGUCUCCCUGCCCUAAAAUACAAUAUAUAACCAGUCAGAAACAACCAUCUCAAAAGUGGCAAACAGCGUUAAUGUAAUGACUCCAGAACGCAUGUGGUUCAGUGUCCAAAUUAUCUUUUUAUUCAAGCUUUCUGACGCAGGUUUAAGGGUGCCUUGUGUGUAUACUUUGCAAUAUUAACAACAAUAAUGUAAAUAUUUCAUAAAACAAUGAGAAUAGAAGAUAUAUGGCAGCUGGCUGAUGUAAACUCACAGGAAUCCAUCUAAACUUGAACUAUGACCCUUUUCAUAAAGCAAAUUCCAAACAGCAUUUAAGAUUCCAGGCUGUCAUUUGAACGUAUGCUUAUGGAUGUCAUCUUUGAAUAUUCACACUUGUACUGAGGCCUUGUUUUCUUGCUAUUUUUUUACACAAGUACUGUAAGGAAAUUACCAUGUUAACAAAUAAUAAAAUAAAUAAAAACAG